UUUGUAACUUUUUUAACAGCCAUGGCUCCAAGACCACAAGAAGGGACAGAUUCCUCCUCCUCUAUGAGUAACAAAGCUCGGGAUAAAGAAGAAACCAUGCCACCAGCUUGUUCCACCUUAGAUCUGGUGUGUGAGGAGCCCCCUGAAGAAGAUCCCUGGGAUCUCCCAGACCUCAAAUACACGGGGAUCAAAUGGUCAGAGUUGGAUACAAAAGGAAAGAUUAUGAGAGUGCUGACUGCUAUAUUGAAGCUGGUUCUGCUUCUUGGACUUCUGUACAUGUUUAUCUGCUCAUUGGAUAUUCUCAGCUCUGCUUUCCAACUAGUUGGAGGUAAAGCCGCCGGUGACAUCUUCCAGGACAAUGCUGUGUUGUCCAACCCUGUGGCUGGUCUUGUGAUUGGAGUGUUAGUCACAGUGCUGGUUCAGAGCUCCAGCACCUCCUCCUCUAUUGUUGUCAGCAUGGUGUCCUCUGGCUUGCUGGAGGUCAAGUCUGCAGUGCCGAUCAUCAUGGGAGCCAACAUCGGAACAUCAGUCACCAAUACUAUCGUAGCUAUGAUGCAAGCAGGAGACCGAAAUGAGUUUCGCAGGGCUUUUGCAGGAGCUACAGUGCAUGAUUUCUUCAACUGGCUGUCUGUGCUGAUUCUUCUGCCCUUGGAAGUAGCCACUGGAGUUCUGUACAAACUCACCCACCUUCUGAUCGAAUCUUUCAACAUCCAGAGCGGAGACAACGCUCCCGAUCUGCUCAACGUCAUCACAGACCCUCUUACAGACUCCAUUAUUGAGCUGGACAAAUCCGUCAUUACUGGCGUUGCGACUGGUGAUCCAGCAGCAAGAAACAAGAGUCUGGUGAAGAGAUGGUGCAAAACACUAACCAACACGAGUAUCGUGAAUACUACUGUGACCGAAUGCCCUGCAGGUGCUGUCUGCUGGGAGGAGGGAAACCAGACCAUUACCCAGAUUAACUCAACUGUGACCGAAAACCUAGAGAAAUGCAAACACAUCUUUGCCAAUGUUAACUUGCCAGACCUCGCCGUCGGCCUCAUUCUCCUGGCUCUGUCUCUGCUCGUCCUCUGCACCUGCCUCAUCCUCAUUGUCAAGCUCCUCAACUCCAUGCUGAAAGGACAGGUGGCUGUGGUCAUCAAGAAGGUCAUCAACACAGACUUCCCGUUCCCCUUCAGCUGGGUGACCGGCUAUAUUGCUAUUUUGGUGGGAGCAGGAAUGACCUUUAUUGUUCAGAGUAGUUCCGUCUUCACCUCAGCUAUUACACCUCUUGUUGGAAUUGGUGUCAUUAGUCUUGAGAGAGCUUAUCCUCUGACACUGGGGUCAAACAUCGGUACAACAACCACAUCCAUACUUGCUGCUAUGGCCAGUCCUGGAGAAACCUUAUCAAACUCUCUGCAGAUUGCACUUUGCCACUUCUUCUUUAACAUCAUGGGCAUCUUGCUGUGGUAUCCGAUCCCAAUCACGCGAGUACCAAUCAGAUUGGCCAGAGGGCUGGGGAACCGAACAGCCAAGUACCGCUGGUUUGCUGCUCUCUACCUCAUCCUGUGCUUCUUGGUUUUCCCUCUGAGUGUAUUCGGCCUGUCAAUGGCUGGCUGGCAGGUCCUGGUUGGCGUGGGUGUACCCAUUAUUGUCUUGCUUAUAUUUGUGAUCAUUGUCAAUGUGAUGCAGUCUCGAUGCCCCCGUUACCUCCCCAAAGCUCUACGCAACUGGGACUUUUUGCCCCGGCCCCUGCACUCCAUGGCACCAUGGGAUGCCGCGUUGACCCGGGCCCUGGGCUUCUGCGGCAAACACUGUUGCUGCUGCUGUAGAUGCAGCAACUGCUGCAGAAAAGAUGAAGAGGAUGGAAAGAUCUCGAGGAGCAACAGGAAGAGCCUGGAGAUGUACGAUAACCCAGCCAUGUGUAAAGAUGAAGAUGUUAACGCGACACAUCUUUAACAUUUUUUAGAUACAUUUGUGUUCAUAAGCAAAACAUAAUGCAAUAAUGUAUAUUUUAUACACUUGUGAUUGUUCACAGCUUCUCAGGUUGUGGAAUGUUAUUGAUUAUCCAAUGUAUGAACCAUCAUGCUGGAGAGUAUGAACUUGAGUGUUGCACAUAUUCUCACGAGCCGCUGGAGAUGUGAUCUGUACUUAAUAUUGUACAGACUCUGCUAUGACUUUUUUCUUGGGUAUCUGCAAAUAUGUCAACAUUUUUUUAUAUUUGAUGCAAUGUGUGGAAAGCACUUUGGGUUUUAUUGUCAUCCCAAUUUCAAAUGUUUAAUGUAGCGUUGCAAAAGUAUGUUAUUUACAUAAAUUAUCCCUCAGUA